AAGGCGCGAGGAUAUCAUCAUGAUGCCUCCUCUACUCUCUCUCCUUCUCCUCCUUCUUCUUCUUCGUUUCUCUCUCUACCUCCGUUGUUUUAACUAAGAAAGAGAGAGAGAGAGGAAAAAUCUCAAAGGUUUCCUUGAUCUCCCUUAACCCUUUCUCUAUUCCUUUCCAUAUCCUACUUGAUCCACUCACCAAAUCGUUUUCUACGACUCAUGCUGGUCUGUGGGACCUCACUUUGCUUUUGCCAUCGAUCUGUCAUCGUCCGCUAGGGGUUCGUUUUGAUCGUUGAAUUUGGAGCAUUUUUUUUUAUGGAGCCUCGUGUCGGUAAUAAAUUCCGGCUCGGCCGGAAGAUCGGCAGUGGCUCUUUUGGAGAGAUCUAUCUCGGGACUAACAUUCAGACAAAUGAAGAAGUUGCUAUUAAGCUAGAAAAUGUCAAGACAAAGCAUCCCCAAUUGCUUUAUGAGUCAAAGUUAUAUAAAAUACUACAAGGCGGAACUGGAAUUCCAAAUAUGAGAUGGUUUGGGGUUGAAGGAGACUAUAAUGUUCUCGUGAUGGAUUUACUGGGGCCUAGUCUUGAAGAUUUGUUUAAUUUCUGUAGUAGGAAGCUGUCUUUGAAGACUGUUCUUAUGCUUGCAGAUCAGAUGAUCAAUCGGGUUGAAUUUUUUCAUUCCAAGUCAUUCCUGCACCGAGAUAUUAAGCCAGACAACUUCCUUAUGGGUUUAGGGAGGCGCGCAAAUCAGGUCUAUGUCAUUGACUUUGGACUGGCUAAGAAAUAUAGGGACUCCUCAACCCAUCAACACAUUCCGUAUAGGGAAAAUAAAAAUUUGACGGGAACAGCAAGAUAUGCAAGCAUGAAUACUCACCUUGGCAUUGAACAAAGCCGGAGGGAUGAUUUAGAAUCACUUGGAUAUGUUCUUAUGUAUUUCUUGAGAGGAAGUCUCCCUUGGCAAGGAUUGAAAGCAGGAACCAAGAAACAGAAGUAUGAAAAGAUCAGCGAAAAGAAAGUUUCAACCUCUAUUGAGGGUUUAUGUCGGGGCUAUCCUACAGAAUUUGCAUCAUACUUCCAUUACUGCCGUUCACUUCGGUUUGAUGAUAAACCAGAUUAUGCUUAUCUGAAGAGAAUUUUCCGUGACCUCUUUAUUCGCGAAGGCUUUCAGUUCGACUAUGUGUUCGACUGGACUAUCUUGAAAUUCCAACAAUCGCAGCUUGCCAAUCCUCCGUCUCGUGCUGUUGGCGCUAGUGCUGGACCAAGUUCUGGUAUGCCUGCUGCAGUUGCCAACGUCCAUAGACAAUCAGGUGGUGAAGAAGGUAGGCCUUCUGGUUGGUCUUCAGCAAAUCCCUCUCGUAAUAGAAACACUGCCCUACCGUUCAAUUCUGGAAGCUUAGGUAAACAAAAAGCUCCCAUUGCAAUUGAUGCGUCCAUGAGUAAAGAGUUAUCUAGUUCAAAUUUUUUCCGUUCUAGUGGAACUUCAAGGCGGCCUGCUGUCUCUAGCAGUCGUGACCCAGUGAAUGUUGUUAGCGAAUCUGACCCCUCUCAUGCCCACACCACAGAUGCAAGCCCAGGAGCGCUUCGUAAAAUUUCUAGUACUACACGAAGAAGUUCACCAGUUGUGCCCUCAGAUCACAGGCGCACUUCUUCGGGUAGAAACACCUCCACUAUGAAGAAUUUUGAAUCUGCUCUCAGGGGUAUUGAGGGCCUGCAUUUUAACAACGACGAUAGGUUGCAUUAUUAGCUGCCGCGUCUCGCUCAGUCACUCUCCUAUUGUAAAGUUUGGAGUCAUAUACUUUAUCAUGCACUUGGAGGAAGAAUCUGUUGUUUUGAGUAUUGUUUUCACCAGAAAAGCUGCCAGCUGAUAUAUAUAAACUAGUUCGAGUCGGGAAGUCACUCCAAAAACUACAUAAUAAAGAAGAGAUCAUGGAGUUGCACAUCCCCAACUGAGUUCCAUCCAGUUAAAGCUUUGUCAAUACAGUUUGAGUUGUGUUGGCACGGUUACAGUUCUAUUUUUCUUCCUUUCUUUUCAUUCUUUUUUCCCUCUUUUUUACCAUUUACCUCCGUCUUCUACGUUUGUGGUUUUGUCGACUCCAUAGCUAUGUUGUUUGUUAUAAACCUAAAAGAGAUAUGUUAAGUAAAAGCUGUUUUAUUGAUUUCUCUUGCUCAUUCUGAAGCUUACUUUUGUCUUUCACCUGUUCUUU